AUGCGUUCUCUCGAUGAAGCAAGGGUGCCGUGGCAGACUUUGCAGAAAUUCGAAUCACUUGCCGAUCUCAAGGAAGCCAUUCGCAACGAGAAUGAGCCCGAUUCGGUCACGAAAUCUAGAUCACUCCUCUGGAAGAUCUUUCUCCUAUUCGAAGGACUCGACCACUCACAAUGGAUACAACGAUCAGCAGACUCACGCUCAGCAUAUGCCUCAGUACGCUCGCAUCUACUGCGAGGGCUUGAACAUCCCGAAGAAGUGCUGGGAUCUAACCUAGAUCCAUUGAGCGAAGAUUCGGAGUCUCCCUGGGCCGUUCUACGACAAGAUGAAGCAUUACGUGCCGAGAUCAUGCAAGAUGUCGACCGAUGCAUGCCCGAUAACAUAUACUUCCGACAACCACAAACACAGGUCAUGCUGCUGGAUGUGUUGUUUGUGUUCUGCAAGUUGAAUCCUGAUGUAGGAUAUAGACAGGGUAUGCAUGAGCUGCUAGCUCCUAUCCUCUGGGUCGUGGAGAAAGAUGCAGUAUCUGGCAAGGCUACGGAUGACUCGGGCUCGGAGGACAAGAUGUUGUGUCAUGUCUUUGACUCGGAUUUUGUUGAGCAUGAUACAUUCACCCUAUUUGGUAUAGUCAUGCAGGGAGCGAAGUCGUUCUACGAGCAAGCAGCGCACAAGGCACCCUCAAAGCUAACAGCAGGUCCCACAAAGCCCGCAGCAACACUGGAGAAUCCAAUCCUUACUCGGAUACACAGGAUCUUUGACGAGUAUCUGCCCCAUGUAGAUCCAACACUUGCACAGCAUCUACAGGAGAUCGAUCUCAUCCCUCAGGUUUUCCUUAUGCGCUGGAUCCGACUACUGUUUGGCCGAGAAUUUGGGUUCGACGACGUCUUGAGCAUGUGGGAUGCCAUCUUUGCAGAUGAUCCAAGUCUCGAGAUUGUUGAUCUCGUUUGUUUGAACAUGCUUUUGAGAUUGCAUUGGGACUUGAUGGACGCCGACUACAACACAGCACUCACAACUUUGCUGAGAUAUCCCGCUUUGGAAGAUGGAAAGACUCCUCAAGAAUUUGUAACGAAUGCGGUCUACCUGAGAAACAACUUCAACCACGAAGGUGCAAGUACCCUGGUCGAGAAAUACUCAGGUCGACCCUUGCCACAACCAACCGAAACCCCUACCAGCACAUUACAACCAUCGAUGCCAGGAAAGUUGCGAAUGCAAAUGCCUGGCCGAGCAUCGAGCAACUUUGAAGACAUACUCCAAGGUGCUGCAAAGGGCGUCCUACAAAGAGGCGAGAAGUGGGGCAUUAACAAGGCUUUCCGGGACGCCAUGGACGAAGUGCGAAAGGGCGUGCGAGAGAUACAAGCAGUACAGACUCCUCAAGCGCCACCAAGACAUACACGAGGACUGUCAAGGCAGAGCGGUACGUCGGACAGAUCAACAAAUCCAAGCUUGCAACUCGCAAUGCUCGAGCAACGCAACACAGCGUUGUCUAAAAUGCUGAAGAAAGCUAUCGAUGAUCUAUGGGCAUACCACGAGACUGCUAUUGGAGGCAAGGCCGGAGAGGAAGAGUCGCUGAAUGGGCUGAGUAUGGCAAUCGCGAAAGUUCAGUUCAUCCAAGUAUAUCUUGAUGAUGCGACGGUGCCACUAUCUGCAGAAGAGGAGGCCAUCGAAGCGGGCAAGGAAGACGCUAUCGAGGUCAAAGAAGUUCAGCCGCAGAUCAAGGAGCCGACAAGUGCACACAUCGACAACAAGCCUGCCGUUCAAGAAGCGGAAGAGCCAGCAGAUGCAAAUGCGGUUGAAGAACAACCCAAGGACCAUGUUGAGCCAACGCAGCAGCACAAAGAUGCUGCGCGAGCGAAUGCGACAAAGACAACCGACAUUCCACUCGACUUCCAUACACCAAGGCCAACGUUAGCACAGUCAUCAUUCUCCUGGAUGCUUGGACAAUCUCCAGAGACCAGCGCAAGUAAUUUUGCUCAAGCAAAAGCGCUAGCACCAUCGGAUAUACGGCGCCGAAGCAAAGGUUUCUUGUUUGGAGACGAGGAUGACGCUAGGGCAGGGAGCCCGGAGAAAAAGAAAGACAGCAAGAGAGGAAAAGACAGGAAGAAGCAGGUCAAGAAGGAGGUCCUUUUUGAGCAAGACCCUGUCGAGGAGGAGUUUGAUCUCGGCGCGUUGGAAGAGGAAAAGAAGGCAGGAAGGGAGAAAGAGAAGGCAAAGGCCGAGGCCCAAGAAGGUGUCAAGGGCAAAUAG